AUCAGUUACAGUUCACAAAUCCUCUGUUCAUACAUUCAGAGGUGUCUGGAGCCAUGCCACCGAGAAAGAGCAAAGAUAAAGAGCUUCAACCAGCCCAGGCUGAACAUGCAGAUGAUAGUCCAGUUUACUUGGAGGGUGAGAAUGAUCCAAUUGUUCCUCCUUUCUUAUCACCCUUUGUGGAGCGAUCCUAUGGGAAUCUAGUAUUUAAGGAGAAAGAAGUAGAUCAUGGGGCAUUCAAAGAACAGAACCAGGCUAUGCGGAGACUUGUUGAGAGUCAAGCAGAAUCCUCCAGACGUCAGGAAGAGAUAAUUAGACAAUGUAUAGAAGACAUGAGACGGGUCUUUCAAAAAGGCACUAGGGUGAUGCGAGAAACUGGGGAAGAAAGUCGCAGAACACUACAGGCUGUUUCAGAACAAGUGGUUGACCAAGUGCGACAACCCAGACCUGAGAUCCCUCAUCUAGUCGUUGAAAUGCCCAGACAGAUCCAGGAAGCCCCAAUCCUAGCACUCGGGGGGCAAGGGAAUCAGCCUUAUCCCAAUAUUCAACAGCAACAUUUUGUCAUUGGUGAAGGGCAAAGACAACAUCAAUUGAUGGAGGCUGCUACUCCUGUUGCAAACCAUGGCCAUCAACCUCAGCAUAAAGACCAUGGGCCAACCUUGAGGCCAUUGGAAAAGAUUGAUAAAGACAUAUUGAGAUUUCCAGACAAAGCGAAGGAAACUAUAGGAGUAGAUGCAGACCCUUUUCUAGCUGUGUCUGUCGGCGUGACUGUUGCAGACCUUAGGAGUGUUGCCAAAAAUCGUAGUCUGCCUUAUGCUCAAAGGAACCUGGCUGCCGAAGACUUGAGGUGGGUUCUUGCAGCACAAACAUCUAGACAUAGCAAGAGCAUCAGACCACGCCAACCUACAAAAAGGAACAUGGUGUGGGUGAGAAAAGAGAAAAAUGAGACUAUAACCCAGACUUUACUGAAGGGGGAUGACCAAUCUCCAACCUCUCCAAAGGUGGUAUCUGUCAUUGUGAGUCCAGACGAAGUUUUGAAAGCAACUUUUGAAGCACAAGAACAGUCUGGGAAUCGUGGAGCUAAAUCAAAAGAAGAUGGCACUAUUCAUUUUGGGGAAUUCUCAGUGAAUUUGUCAUGUCUGGUGCUAACAUUACCCUUAGUUUUCCAAGCCAAGAAAGAGGAGGAACCAAUCGUCUGUGAGUUCCCAGAACAGACAGACGAAGAGGUAAUCGUUGUUCUAGCUCAAGAUGAUGAAGAGGAGGACAUGGUUGACAAAAUUGUGUUUGAAAAACCAAAAGAAAAGAUGGCCAGACACAUUAGGCCACUUUAUAUCAAUGCUCACAUGGAUGGGACUCCAAUCAGCCGUGUCUUGGUGGAUAAUGGAGUUGCAGUCAAUGUCCUUCCAACUUGCUUGCUCUACAAAAUAGGCAAGUCUCUUGAUGAUUUAGUGCAUACUGAGGUUACAAUUAGUGAUUUUAUAAGAGGGGUGAAUCGUUCAAGGGGUGUGCUGCCUGUUGAAUUAACAGUGGGAAAUAGGACACUGAUGUCUGCGUUUUUUGUGGUGGAUACUAUUGCUACCUACAAUGCACUUUUGAGGCAUGACUGGAUUCAUUCAAGUUGGUGUAUCCCUUCUUCACUUCACCAGAAACUAAUUUUUUGGAAUUGUGGCAAAGCUGAGGUGGUGUCUGCAAAUGAUAAGCCUUUUUCAGCCAAUACCCACCUGGUGGAGGCUAGAUAUUAUGAAGAAGACAUUAGUACCAUUCAGUUUUUUGGGAUGGAUAGACAUGGGAAGCCGAUUGGGAUAACAACAUGCAGCAGAUCAUCAUUAUCUAAGCGUGUUGUAGAGGAACAAGCUCGUCUGAGACAAGAAAGAGAAAAGGCCAUGUUGGAGAUAACAAAGAAAUUAGCGGCCUAUUUUGUUGAAAAAGCAGUUCAAGUGGAUAGGUCUGAAAUUGUUCAUGAAGGCGAUGAGGCAGACCAGGGUGAUGAAAUAACUUUGGAGGAGCUGGAUCUUGCCCCAGCCAAGUUGGAUGAUUUAAAAGCUGAACCGCCCAGACGCAUGCCUGCAGAGGUCACUUUGAAGGUGAAAGAAGAAAUUGAGCAGCUGGUGAAAGCUGGAUUCAUUUGGACAUGCAGGUAUGCAAAAUGGUUGUCAAAUGUAGUGCCUGUGCUGAAAAAGAAUGGAAAAUUAAAAGUCUGUGUUGAUUUUCGAAACUUGAAUUUAGCUACACCAAAGGAUGAGUAUCCUAUGCCAAUUGCAGACUUGUUAGUCGAUGGAGUAGCCCGUCACAAAAUUCUAUCUUUCAUGGAUGGUCAUAAUGGGUACAACCAAAUUUUUAUUGCAGACGCAGACGUUCAAAAAACAGCCUUUCGUUGCCCAGGUGCUGUUGGAACUUUUGAAUGGGUUGUGAUGCCAUUUGGUCUGAAGAAUGCUGGAGCUACCUAUCAAAGAGCCAUGAAUGCAAUUUUUCAUGAUAUGAUUGGUAAGUUCAUGGAAAUCUAUAUUGAUGAUGUUGUGGUGAAGUCACAUGGGGAAGCAAACCACCUAGUCCAUUUGAGGAAAGCUUUUGAGCGGAUGAGGCAACAUGGCUUGAAAAUGAACCCACUAAAGUGUGCCUUUGGAGUGUCUGCGAGUAACUUUCUUAGGUACUUGGUGCAUGAGCGUGGUCUGCAGGUUGACAAGAACAAAGCCAGGGCUGUGAUUGAGGCAAAACCACCACAGAAUAAGAAGGAGUUAGUCUUUUCUCCUCUGUUGAAACUCAAGUUUGAGGCGAAUUUUAAAUGGGAAGAACACCACCAGUCUGCCUUUGAUAUGAUAAAGCGUACAAAAACCAUGUCUGGAGCUGGAGUCGUGGUAAUCUCCCCGUAUGGGCUAAAAACACAAAUGUCUUUCCAGCUAGAUUUUGAUUGCACAAAUAAUCAAGCAGAAAAUAAAGCUUUGAUUAUUGGUCUUGAGAUGUUGGUGGAGCUUAAAGUAUCCAUGGUUGAGGUUAUAGGGGACUCACAACUAGUGUUGAAGCAAUUGUUUGGUGAGUACAAAUGUACUAGCCUUGCUUUAGCCCCUUAUUUUGCCUUGGCUGUGCAAUUACUGGAAGAGUUUGAUGAUGUGUCCAUCAAACACGUGCCUAGAGACCAGAACUAUGAAGCUAAUGAAAUGGCCCAGAUUGCUUCAAGUCUGCGAAUUCCUGAAGGUGUAAUGCAGAAGGUUGUAAUAAUUGAAAAGCGCAGUCUGCCAUCAAUUCAUCAACAUGGCAUGACAAUUUCUACUUGCAGCAUUGAUGUUACCCAGACAAAUUGGCGCUUUCCAAUGAUUCAGUACCUUAGGGAUCAAAGCACUAAGGUAUCUAGGAAAACCAAAAUGCAAGCUCUCAAUUAUGUUUUGAUUGAGGAUGUGCUUUAUAAGAGAGGCCAUGAUGAACUACUGCUACAUUGUCUGGGUCCAGAUGAAAGUUUCCAGAUGCUGUCUGAUGUCCAUGAUGGGAUUUGUGGUGCACACCAAGCUAGGAUCAAGAUGCGCUGGCUAAUUCGCAGACAUGGUCUCUUCUGGCCGUCUGUCCUGAAAGACUGUAUUGCUUAUGCUAAGGGCUGCAAAUCUUGUCAGAUCCAUGGGCCACUUCAAAGAGUUCCAGCCUCUGAACUUAAUUCUAUUGUGAAACCAUGGCCAUUUCGAGGCUGGGCUAUCGACUUGAUUGUCUUGCCAAUGGAGCUAAUAGCUAGGUCUUUAAGAAUAACGAUUCAACAUAAUCUCCAGUCUGGAGAAUACGAUGAGGCUAUGAUGCUUGAGCUUGAGGACCUUGAAGACACACGUUUGACAGCUUUGGAUAGAUUGCAAGCUCAAAAACUCAAAAUUGCAAAGUCUUACAACAAGAGAGUAAAAGGUAAAAAUCUGGCAGUUGGUGACUUGGUCUGGAAAGCAAUUUUACCUCUUGGCAAGAAAGAUCACAAAUUUGGGAAACGGUCUCCAAAUUGGGAAGGACCAUUCCAAAUUCAUGAAGUGUUGAGGGGGGUUGCUUAUUGGUUAGAGUCACUUGAUAGAGAGCUUCAUCCCAGAAAAAUCAAUGGAAUUUAUCUCAAGCCUUAUUACCCCACAGUAUGGGAGGCAAGAGGCUAAGAGUCCCAAGAAGCUAUCUCAGCCAGAUUCAUACUUAUGUCUGUGCAUAGAUAAGUUGAUUUGCUUUCAUGUGUUUAUUCCAAAAUGAGAGCAAGUUUGAUCGAGCGGCCAUGACUGGCUGUGGAUGGCUGGAUGCGCUCAGACAGAGUUAGCUGUGAAAAAGUUGGGAAUACUUGCUGCAAUCAUCUUGGGAUUUAGCAAAUUUGCAC